AUGGAAAAAGAGAUUAUUCCUGCUCCCUCAUCGCCUGAUCUUGAAGGUAAAUUAUUUCAUGCAGCUCAUUUGGCUAAACAUAAAGCUUAUUGUCCCUAUUCAAAUUUUCGAGUAGGAGUUGCGUUAUUAACAUCGAGUGGAAAAAUAUAUUCAGGAUGUAAUGUUGAAAAUGCUUCAUAUGCUUUAGCAACAUGUGCUGAACGAACAGCAGUUUGCAAAGCUGUUUCAGAAGGUGAAUUGUCAUUUGACAAGAUUGCUAUUACAUCUGAUGUGGAAACUGGUUUUACUGGUCCAUGUGGAUCAUGUCGACAGACAUUGGCUGAAUUUGGUCUUGAUUUAGAUGUUUAUCUUAUUAAUCCAAAAAAUGAAUCAAAAGCAUAUAAACUUCGUGAAUUAUUACCUAUAGCUUUUACACCACGUGAUCUGUUAAAACAUCGUGCAGCUCAUGAUGUCAUCGACUAA